AUGCCGCUCCUCCAAACCCUCAAAGCACUCACAAGACGGCCGAGAAGAUGUGGAGCCUGUCUCUUUGAACUCGAUCCCCGAGCCAAGACGCUCAGGACCGACCUCGACGUCUUUGUAGGCUCGGCAUUCGCGACGUCCGAUAGACACACUGUUUCUCAUGAGUCGUUCAUAACGUCCUCCUCGCGUGGUUGUGAGAAAUGCAAUGCCAUAUUGGAAGCUAUAGCCCAACAGGGCAUCUCAUUUCAGACAGCAGAAUGGAAUUACUUACCUCAGCGAAGUGGCCAGGGUCCGCACCUGGAACUCCUAGAGCCCGGGAUUCUAUUUGAGCUGUGUACCAAUGCUUCUGUACCUGAGGAUAAAUUCUCACGAAGGCACAUGUGUUUAUGGAAUGGAACCAAACUCUCAGGAAGCACUGGCGACGCAACAUCUCUUAAGUUAGCCUCUACCUGGAUAAAUACCUGCCGUUCUCAGCACGCACAAUGCCAACCCCCGUCGGAAUUUGUGCCAACUCGACUAUUACAAAUAUCAGAAACCGACAACACAACAAUUCAACUCGUCCAAAACCCAACCACAUGUAGCUAUGCAGCCCUUUCUCACCGCUGGACACCCGAGACGCAAACCUCUCGUCUCGAGAAGUCCAAUCUCGCCCAGCGUCUUGCCACAGGCAUACCUAUCAAGCUGUUCCCACAAGUAAUGCAAGACGCCAUUCUCGUCUCGCAAACCCUCGGUAUAAAGUACAUCUGGAUCGAUAGCAUGUGCAUCAUCCAAGACUCCAAGGAGGACUGGCUCCACGAAGCAGCAACCAUGGCAUCCAUAUACACGAAUGCAGAACUCACCGUCGCGGCAUCCUGGUGCGCUACCCCCGGACAAAGCCUGUUCUCCAACCGUACCCAUAUCGCUAUCGACAUAACGAGCUUCAAUAACGAGGGCGUGUUUCUGCGCAGACUUAAUCCUCAUUUUACGUGGCAGGACGUCGAGCACGACUGGUUCAAAGAUGAUCCGUACACGGAUGCGGAAGCAGAAUGGCCCUUGUUGUCAAGGGGUUGGGUGUAUCAAGAGCAGUUACUUUCCAGGAGAAUGUUACAUUUCACCAAGGACGAAAUAAUCUGGGAAUGCAACGAAUGCACAGUCUGUGAAUGUAGACCUGUUCAAACGGCAGACUCUACGGGACCGCGUGUUGUCAAACUGCCUGUUGUUUCCAAAUCCUGGAGUCAGAUAAUACAGGAGUAUGCUAAGCGGAGCUUGACAUUUCCGACAGAUAGAUUACCUGCAUUGGCGGGAGUUGCUAAAGCCUUUGGUGGCAAAGGCACAAGAGAGUACCUUUGUGGUUUAUGGGGAGACGAUUUGGAGGGCUGUUUCUUUUGGUAUGUUGCCGGUGGGAUCUCUCCCCGGCCGGAUAUGUACAUGCCUAGUUGGUCGUGGGCAUCGACAACAGGAAAUAUUGAGACCUGGGGUUCAUCUAUAGAGGAUUUGGAGUUUAAGGGGCAUAGAGUCGUGUAUGGCGGUGACGAGCACAUGGGCGAUGUGAGAGAGGGAGAGAUUACGCUCACAGGGAGGAUCGUCCACGGUACAGCGUUUUGGAAGCUUGCAGGUGAUGGUCUUGUGUUUGGAGUUGCAUUUGACGGGAAGCAGUUCAAGGUGCACGCUGACUAUAACUGGGACUCGGAAGGGAGAUGGCUCGUUGCUGAUGGGUGUAGAGUGGCGAUGUUGCUUUUUGGUCAGAGCACGCGAACUAACUUUGAUCCUGAUGAGGGAUCAAAUGAGAGCGUGAUAGCUAGUUGUCUGGUUCUGCGGUGUGUGGACGAAGACAAGGGAGUGUAUGAGCGGGUUGGCGUUACGCAUGGCGAAGGAAUGCGCGAUGAGGAAUACUUGGAUUUUGACAAGGUCAAGGCAGAGUCAGAAAUCAUGACGAUCACAAUUAUCUAG